AUGAACCGGCUCAGGCGCCUCAUUGGGCGCUCUAACACACCAGAUAUCGGCGAGAGCAGCGGCGGUCCUUUUGAGUACACUCCGCUCAAAGACGCGUCCAACUUCCGGAUCCUUCGCCUCCAGAACAGUUUCAGAGAUGCCAACGGGGACUACAGCCAGAUUCGGCUGCGUGGAUCUCUCAUCGAAGCCUCUAUCCACAGUCCCCCGGAGUAUUUUGCACUGUCGUAUUGCUGGGGCGACUCGACGCUCUCCGAGGAAAUCGUCAUCGACGGCCAGUCGCUCAACAUCACCGCCAACUGCGCCGCUGCGCUGCGUCGAAUGCUGCGUGGCAAGCUUGGAAGGCAUAUCUGGGUUGACUCAAUCUGUAUCAACCAGUCUAAUGCUCCCGACGCGCUCAAGGAGCGGGGCUUGCAAGUAGCCAUGAUGGACCAGAUUUACAGGAACGCCACCCAGGUGAAUGUGCACUUGGGCGAGGGCGAUGCAGCCUCCGAUAUAGCUUGCAAGUCUCUGAAAAGUCUAUCACUUGCCAUGAUUGGAGCAAAUGUCGGGGAGGUAUUCCGAAAGAAGUAUGACAGGCUGGCUGAUGAUGCGUUGACGGCGACUCCCGAGUUUCCAUAUGGGAAAUUGCACGGUGUCUUUCGCCUACAGUGGUUCAGGCGCACUUGGGUGGUGCAAGAGGUUGCCCUCGCCAAACAGGUCAUGUUCUACUGCGGUGCUCAUCUCAUACGAUUUGAACUUGUUGUGAUGGGCGCCGACUUCACUAAGAUUCCUUACUCCAAGCUCGACGUCAACCCUUUGGCGCGGCACUGGCGAUCAUAUCUCGAAUUCCAUAGCCGCGUCAAGGAAUUGAUCAGCUGGAGAGAAGAGCAUAAUUCCACAGAGAAAUUCACUUCACUUCUAAGCCUGCUGGUGGUACCAGGCAUGCUACUUGAGGCUACGAGGCCAGAGGACAAGGUCUUCGGAAUGUACGGCUUAUGCAAGAGGCUCGGCUACGAGUUGCCAGCACCAGACUACCAAAAAUCGCUAGCCGUCGUCUACACUGAAGCAGCCAAGGCCAUUCUGCAUUACGAUCAAAGUCUUGAAUUCUUGUCGGUGGCUACAGAAACUUCUGCCUGGGCCGAUGGGCUUCCAUCCUGGGUACCCAACUUCUCGGGCUGCAUGAGCAAAUGGUCCCCGUCGAGCCCGCCUACAAUUUGUCCUGUGAGUGCGAGAGAAAGCAUGAAGAUCUCGGAUUCGACCCAGUGUCAAUACCGUCUUGGGCCAGGUGAUAUGGAACUCACGGUCAGAGGCCGCCGCCUUAACACGAUAUCUGCUGUUGGAAAGCCCUGGAUAACGGACUCCUACACCAGCCUUCUCGGGGGAUCAGAGAAAAAUACAAUGCAGUACGCUGACAGCCUCAUCGACUGUAUUAGCAGCUGGCUUGCGGUCGUCCAGGGCCUCCCCAGAUAUUCUGGCCGCGAGGCAGCCAUGGAGCAGAUGACACGGGUUCUGACAAACAAUAUCUCGGACAAAUCUCCCCCGGUGCCAUUUGAAGACAUGGUACGCUAUCUAGCUGUUCUGAUUGAUAUGUCUGCAUCGGAAAACCGCACGCGUUUUGCUGCAUUAGCAAGCCUGCCAAACGCCUCUCUCAGCCGUCAGCAGAAUGAGUUCCUUGGCCUCAUGGCGGGAUGCAACAUGGCCAUUACGCGAAUCUUCGGCUCGAUCUGGCAGACCAUGUUUCGGACGGAGAGCGGUUACAUGGGCAUGGGGACACACACUCUGACGGGCGGUGACAUAGUGGUCUUGUUUGACGGCUGCGAUGUUGCAGGGGUUAUCCGGCCGUUAACUAAUGGUUUUAGAUAUGUUGGUCCCGCUUAUGUAGAUGGUAUAAUGGACAUGGGGCUUGGGAAUCCAGGAUCGGACAGUGAGUGGUUUGUUUUGGUCUAA